AGAAAGGAACUCUGGCUGUGUUGGCUACGUCUCCCUCUCGCAUGGUGCACCAUCACUCUUCGCCGUCCGAUCAACCAUCACUUGAUGCCUGAUGCUCCAGAAUGGGAAUAAGUACUGAGUGUACUGGUCAAUGAAGGCUUCAAGGGAGAACAAUAAGGCCGGCUCUUCGGCACAGGAACAGAGUUUGACGAGCUCCUGAUGGUUUUUCUGGGGUGAUUUUUUGAUGAAGUUGAUCAUCAAGUGAAGGGAGGGAUGAAGUCAAGAUAUGUAAAGCUGGCGAGAUGGUGUUGUGGCUCUCCUCUCCCAUCUUUCGACGGAUUGUUGAAUGCUUAGCUACCUCUUGACUUUAUCACUUCAUUCUAUUAGUAGACCCUCUCCUGCUCAGCACGACAACACCGAUAACCCCUUUGAUAACCAGGCUAUUUCAAACUCUCGAGACUAUCCCCUCACCCAAGCUCUCUUCCAGGCUAUUUAUUCCAAAGGCUACUUGGCUGCUCUUCAUUCUCGACCAGCUCCAUCAAACCACUUCUCCACUUUCUUCACUACUUUUAUUCAAAUUCAUAUACGACCAUCCCAUCAUGUCUGCCUCAAUUCUCGCCCUCGGCGGCGGUGCCGUUGCCCGUCCCAAUGCCUUUCGCCGUCUUACCACGACCACGACCUCUCGUCUCUCGAGAGGUUUUGCCGGUACCGCCUCUACUUCUAGUCUCUCUAGUAUUCCUUCCAUGUUCAAUGCUUCCAAGUCUGGAUCUCAACUCGGAGAAGUGGGCAAGCUUGCAGAACUUGCAGAGAUGAUCGGUUCCCUCAAGACUGGACAAGAAGAGUUGAUAAUUGCCAUGAAGAAUUUGAGUACGGAGAUUGAGGCUCAAAAGAAAGAGAUGAGGGAGAAGAGGGUUUAUGUACUUGACACCGCCAAGGAAGAAGGUGAAUUUGGAAUGGUCGAUAAUGCGGGUGCAGCCAAGGUGACAACGCUUGAAGAUGACCAAUUCCACUUCCUGGACCGAGUCUUUCAUGAACCUGUUCAAAUGGUUGAAAAGAUUGGUGGUAUAAAGACAGUCAAUGAGCCCGCCUUUGUUAUCCUUGCCCCUACCCGCGAACAGCUUCAAGAGAGCUUGGAACUUGCCCAAGGCGGUAUCCUCCAGACUCCUGCUAUCAUUCGCAUGUGCGAAACUCACCUUUCUUCGUCUCUUCCUGAGUUGCUCGACGCCGGUGAGACAUUCAAAGCCCAAAUUCGGCUCAUUGCCGGAGAGAUUGCCAACGUUGCUGUCGAUGGACAAGUGUUUAGUGCUGAAAAUGAUGAUGGCACGCGAGUUAGUUUCUUGACGGAGUAUAAUGGUUCCAUGACCGAUCCUCGUUUCGAUGAUUAUUUUGCAAUGAAGGAGGGAGAGGCGGAAAAGUAUGCCGAGCUUUACGCACAGUAUCGCGAAGAGAAUUUCCACCCUGUCGACCUUGGGGAAGAACCUGCCGUGUCCACCCACUCACUCGACGACCCCAACCAACCCGACUGGCUUCAAUCUCACUUUGAUAAGAAUCCUAGCAUUUACUCUGCGCCUGCUGAAAAGAUUGAUCAUAACGAGAUUUUGGAGGUUGUCAACUUGCCCAGCUAUAACGUCAGGUUCUACUUUCAUAGUCCUGUCGAGGGUUCUUGUACGAUUGAAGGGUGGCAGAAUUGGACUAUGAGGAUGCAGGUGGAUGAAGACGAAGCUGCCGACACUGAAAUCUUUGGCGACGACGUGAUGACUUUCAACUGCCCUGUCUACUGGCAAGCCGAUUUGCCCUUCAAGUUGGAUCUAAGCGGCACUGUACUCGACAUUGAGACUGAUGGGGAUGGGCCUUAUUUCACGUUGGCAAGCCAGGAAACUGCUGCUGAGGAUUGCCAGCCGCAGAAUGUUAUCUGGAGCGCCGAGUUGCCAUAGAUGGAUAAUGAUAUAUGCUUGUGUUGUUGGAAAGUUUCUUGAACAUGAAUGCCAGUCUGA